CUGGAGCAGAGCCCUGGGAGAGAGGACCCUCCGCGGGACCCUGGGAUGGGGUCCUGGGUCCUGUGGGCCUUGGCCGCCGCCUUCGCGGUUGCGGCUUUCGCGGAUUCGGCACAUGGGGCAGAAUCCAGAAGCGCACUUUGGGAGGACGAGGGCGCCUCCCAGAAAGGGCACGGGGGAACAGUCUGGCUUCCCAGGACGACACAGCGCCUGAGAAAGAAGCUGCCGUUCUACCGCCCAGGCAGCCUGUCCGUCCUGAGCAGAGGCCUGAUGGGAAAUGCGAGCCUCCCGCAAGGUCACAGUGGAGGAGACCUCUGGAGUGAAAGCGGGGAAAGCCUCCACCGCCGCGAGAGGGAGGCGGCCACUUUCAGGGCUCGUUGUCGGGGAUGCUGCGGGACUCAGCUUCCCAACCACACCGGAAGCGGGGAGAACCGGCCCUCAGGAGGGGACACGGGGCCCCUGGGCAGCACCCCCAGCCCAGCACCACCCAUGGGGCACCGGCCUGGCAUGUACACGCCCAUAAGGAGGAUGCGUCAGCCCCAUGGACCGUUCGAGGAAGGGCAGGCUGGAUCCAUUUCUGGGGCCAGGCGGGGCAGCCCCCAGGAAGCCGGCACUGCCCACGACCGCUGCCGGGGCUGCUGCAGCGCGAGUGACACGGCCGACACUGAGCCCCCAGGAAGACGGGAAGAGGGCAGCGGGUCCCAUGUCUCUGAGGGUGGUCCGAGCAAGCGGGUCUGGAGGCCAGGCCUGGGCAGCAAGCGGCCUGCGCAGAGCGGAGCGAGCGGGGCUGCCCCCUUCCCCAGAGGCACCCCUGAGCCAUCCUGGCCCCACGGAGGCCAGUGAGCGGCGGCCACCACGGCUACGAAAGCGCGGAAAAGACGUCUCCGGGCGCCUGGAGCAGAUCCGUGGCCGGAAGCUGAGAAGAUGACGACCCUGGGCAAGACGUGCUUGUGGCAAAGGCCCUCCCGUGACCUCCGGAUGCUGCUCCGCACGCUCGGAAAAGGAGCGGCCGACCCGGACAGACCUUCGCGAGGACGCUGUGUGCUGCGGGCACAGCCGCUGUUCGACCAGCUCCCCGUCCCUGCAGUGAUGCUUGUGAGAGGGCCGUGGCUCUUGCACAAGCAGCCAGAAGCACCACCUCUGGGGCCUCUGUUUCAGGGCUUUCCACACUUACAGCCACAUGCCAUCUUUCCCCGUCCUCUCCCCACGCCCCGUACCUCGGAACUGUAAUGUUGGCCUGCGCUUCAUUAUCGUUUGCCACUUAGGGAGCCCUGUCGGGUGAGUCAGCGGCCUAUAAAUUUAAAAAUGCAUGAAUGAAUGAGCUUGGCCUCGCCAGUGGUGGGGGCGUACAGGUGAAAGUGGGGGGGUUCGGCAUGGCGAUGCCCUCAGGCCAAGCAGCUGCAGGAGUCCCAUUCCCAAGAGCAGGUC